UGGGAAACGAUGUCACGUUCCCGAACCAUGUCCCCAACCUCACGGCCUCCGCCGGCGCGAAACUCGAUCCCAAGGUCGUCACCAUUCUAGAACUCAACAACCAGUUGCUGAGGUAUCCGUAUUUCCUAUACCACUCAACCCAAAUGCUCACUGCGCCAUAGCGCGAUGGCAGCUUUCCUCAGCCGUGGUUACUCCAGCGACAAUCCAUUACUUUAUCAGUACGGAGCGCAUGUUCAAUCGAAUCUUACCUGGCUGGCAGCGGCUGCAGAUGCGAAUGUGAAGGGCCGGAAUGCCGUGCCCCUGCCUAAGAUGACUCCACCACCAUCUGUCGACUUCCUGCCGAUGGACCGAAUACACCACCUCUACGCCGAGAUGUCAGCCACAUUCGCGAAGGAGAUCGCACGCCGCGAACAAGCAGGUGCCACCUCGCAUGGGGUGCCACUACACGGCGAUCUUCAGAACGGUCUGAAGCGCAACCGCCCAGACGAGCUCUUCCCAGACAUGGCGAACAAACGGCGGGAUAUGGGCGACUCGAAGUUAUCGACACCGCUCGCACCGACACCCCAGUUCUCGAGUGCUGUCCCGCAGCAGAUGAACCAUGGAAUGUUACCGAACGCUCCCAACCCCUUGAGCGCUGUGCCUUCCUUGCAGGGUACGCCAGCCCCACAACAACUGGGGAGCCCCGCUAUGCCGCCACCGUCGAUGCCUCAAGGGAUGAUGGGCGGCGCAAACGAGGCUCAGCUACAUGCAGCGCGGGAGCGGGCUCGACAGAUGCAGAUGCAGCAGAUGCAGCGGCAGAACAUGCAGCAGCAACAGCAGCAACUCGCCGAGAGCAGUCGGCAGAUGUCGCCGCCUCACCCUCACGCUCAGCAGGGCGGUAUGGGAAUGUCGAACAUGGCAGGCCCGUCGUCGAUGGGUGGUAUGCAGCAGCAACAGCAGGGAAACCUGGCGAUGCAGCAGCAGCAACAGCAGCAGCAGAGCCAGAGCAACCAGAUUCUCAUGCGGCAGUACCAGAUCUUGCAGAACCCAAAUCACCCGCUCAUGCAGUAUUUGACGCAACAAGUUCCAAACUUUUCGCAUCUGCAGAUACAGCAACAGCUGCAGCAUGUUCAGAACGCUCAGAUGAUCCUUCAGCAGCGGCAACGAAUGGCGAAGGAAGCAGGCGGGUCGACGCAGAAUAUGAACAUGAUGAGCCCUGGCAUGCUCUCAAAUUCUGGGAUGUCGCCGGGGCAGAUCAGUCCUACGAGGUCGAUGCAGCAAGCCUCCAUGUCGGGGUCUUCCUCAUCUGGCGGCAUGCCGUUCGGGAACCAGGGAACAGGGUCGGGGAUGGGUAUGAACGGGACUGGUUUGACACCGCAGCAGCAGGCGUUCCUUGCGGGCAUGACGCCCCAGCAGAAGCAGCUGUAUCUCAUGCAACAACAAAUGCGCAACGGCGGCAUGUCGAACCAAGCCAUGAUGAAUCCGCAGCUGAUGGCCGCGGCUCAAGAGCGGAUGCAGCAGCAACAGCGGAUGGCACAAGCCAGCAUGAACGCGGGCAUGCAAAUGCCGGGCGCGAUGGAUGCAUCGGGUCACAUACCCACGUUGCGGUCCAAUCCUUCCAUGUCCGGGAUCGCCAGGACCACGCGGACGCCGUCAGACUCGGCGCCGUCACCAGCGGCGGGCAUGUCGCAGCGGAUAUCGGGGCACACGCCAGAAGACCUCCAGCGUGCGAUGUUGCUCCAGCAGGCCCAGCAGCGCGGGAUGACGCCUCAUCAGAUGAUGCAGCAGAACGUAGGCGGAGGCAUGCCCCAGAUGAGCUUCCAGCAGAACGUGCAGCAGCAGAUGUCGCCGAUGGGCCAGGGGCACAGCUCGUACGGGAUGUCGCCACCGAACAGCGCAGGACCGGGAGGCGGCUUUGGUGGCGGGGUGCAAGGAGGGAUGGGUGGCGUGCCCCAGCCAGGUGCGGGUGGCCAGAAUCAGUGGCACCAGAAUGCCAACGGGCUAGGCACGGGGCAGUUCCCGUUCGUCGCACCAUCACCAGGUGCGAGCCAACAUCAUUCCGACCGCUCCAUGACGCCGCGCCAGAUGUCUGCGACGCCGGCGCCGGGCCAGGCGAUGGCACAAAACAGCCCGCAAGUGGACCAGGGCGGGCUGAACGACUUUGGGGAUAUAUUUAAUUGGGGGCAGUAGCCCCGAGGCUGAUGGGACGGACGCGGUCGUACUGAUGUUGAUAUCUGGAUCUCUCUCUUUAGCUGCUCUCGCGUUCUUGUCGAAGUUCUUUCCGUGCUGCUUGGGCGUAUAUCCCCGUCCGGGACUCGUGCACAUCGUAACAUACAUGUCCCCCUCCCUCCCCCUCGCCUCCCUCCUCUUGUCUACUACAUUCGAUAUGUUCUGAUAUGCAGUCGUUCCGGUAUAAUAUCUGUAUCGUAGGGAAAGGCUGAUCGCUGUCGCAUUGUUAUUGAUACCUAUCUGUUGUACAUCCGUAGCCUGCUCCGUCCGACACUCAAUUCAACACGGCACUCACGAACGUCAAGGUGUCCAUUGACA